AUGCCACCAGAGGGCAGCACACCUAGGGUAUCACCAGUGGGCAGCACACCCAACAUACCACCAGAGGGAAGCACACCCAAUAAACCACCAGAGGGCAGCACACCCAGUAAACCACCAGAGGGCAGCACACCCAGUAAACCACCAGAGGGCAGCACACCCAAUGUACCACUAGAGGGCAGCACACUGAGUAUACCACAGGAGGGGGGAAGUAAAGGAGAACAAUUACCAGAACAGCAACAAGCCCAUCCAAAAUCCAAUGCUGAUGGAACUUUGCCAGCUGAUAUGGACAAUACUGUGAAAAAUGCUGAAGUUGAUGCUAACCUAGUUCCUCCAAAGCGCCCAAAAAAUGGAUUCAUUCGUUUCUCUAUCCAAUAUCGCAGAGAGAUUGCCAGGCGGCAUCCCAAACUUGACAAUCGCGAGAUAUCCAGGAUGUUGGGAUCAAAAUGGAGGAAAAUGACCAAAGAAGAUAAAAAGCCAUAUGAGUAA